CAAGUGAAAAAUAUCGCCGUCCCCUUCCGUCCGGAAAGACGACAAACAGAGUGAGACUAGGGUUUCAGGGUUCUCCGGGCCCUUCCGAAAUCAAGCGGAGGCGGAACCUCCCUUCCCUGGCCGAUCAACGGCGGCUACCAUUUCUCCUCAGUUUGACACCUUUCCGUUGGUUGUUUCCUCAUUAUCUGUGCUAUAUAUACCUGCUAAACCUCGAGACUAUCCAACUAGCCCAGCUGCAUUGCUCGAUGGAAGAUCUCCCAGAGGCACUGUUGGCAGAUAUCGUCUUAAGGAUUACCAGCACAAGCGAUCUGAAUUCUCUUUCCCUUGUGUCGAAGCGGCUCUACGUCAUUGAUUCAUCUCAAAGGAGUGCUAUUCGCAUCGGCUGUGGCUCUUUCCCUGCUAGAGAAGCAUUGGCAUCACUUUGCUCCCGGUUCCCAAAUUUGUCAAAAGUGGAAAUCGAUUAUGCUGGUUGGACGAGUGGUCAUGGGAAUCAGUUGGACAAUAAAGAUCUCCUUGUGAUUUCAUCUCAAUGCCCCUCCCUGACUGAGCUCACCUUAAGCUUCUGCUCAGACAUCAACGACUCUGGUCUUCGUUAUCUAGCUUAUUGCAAGAAAUUGAUAUACCUUAGGUUGAACUCUGUACCAGAAAUUACUUCAAGUGGGCUUCUAUCUGUGGCAGUCAGUUGCAAGAGUCUAUCUGGCCUCCUCCUUAUCGCCUGUGAGAAAAUCGGAAGUGUGGAGUGGCUGGAGUACCUUGGUUGGAACGGGAUAUUGGAAGAACUUGUAGUAAAGAAUUGCAAGGGAAUUAGCCAGUAUGACCUCCUACAGUUUGGUCCAGGGUGGAUGAAGCUUCGGAAGUUUGAUUUUGAGAUGAAGGGAGGAUUCUGGGGUGGCCAUAGCUAUGAGGAGGGUGGUUUUGAUCCCCUAUACAAUGUUCACAAACCAAGUAGAUCUGAUAUCUGGUGUGAGAGUUUGAAGGAUUUGAGGUUGGCUUGCUUUAAAACUGAGACAGAAGUAGGACUUCGUUUUCUGUUGGGGAAAUGUAAAUCACUGGAGAGGCUGUGCCUGGAGUAUGUUCAUGGUCUAAAUGACAACGACAUAAUUGUGUUAUCUGAGAGCUGCCGCAACCUUAAAAGCAUCUCACUUUGGCUCACACCUACGCGCUAUGAUGAUCUAAAUGGUGAUGGUUUCAGGACUGCAUUUACUGACAACAGCCUUAAGGCUCUAGCACUCAAUUGCUCGAUGCUUGAGGCUGUUGAACUCACGUUUGCAGGUUGUGAGCACACGUAUCCAUCAGAAAUAGGCUUCACACAGAAGGGUCUUGUGGUGCUCAUUCAGUCUUGCCCGAUUCGUGUUCUUGUGCUAAAUGGCGCAAACUUCUUUGAUGAUGAGGGUAUGAUGGCACUCUCAUCUGCUCCAUUACUGGAGACACUCGAGCUUGUUGAUUGCAGGGAAGUAACUGAUGCUGGGUUGUGUUUCAUUGCUCGUACCCCAUGCUUGAUUAAUCUCACGCUCCGCCACUGUAAACGUGUGACUGAUGUUGGAGUGGCCGAGCUGGUAAAUUCACAGAAGUUAAAGUCUCUGAUCAUCGAAUGCUGUCGCCGGGUCUCUGAGAAGGCUGUGCAGGGGGCUGGCAGAUCUGUUCAAUACUCCGUUGAGACUGCAAGCCCCGGUGGGCUGAAAAGAAUAUACCCAAUGUUACCUGGAUGAAAUGGCCUGCCAAAAUUUUGAGUCUAAAAUCCUCUGCUGGUGUCAUCAAGUUGUUGCUUGCUGUGCAUCCUCACUAGUGCUGGAAAUGGGAUAGCCUUACGCCGCUUGUGUGCUGUAGCUACUUCGUUGUGUAAUUUCAUCUAUGCUUGUGUUGAGCAAGAUUCAUUAAGAUCGUCCCAACAUUCAGCAUUUCGGGUGUUGAACCUGCAGACCUAGACUCUGCAUCUUCAUUCUGCAUGGUGUUUUA